CGUGGUUGCUGUCAAAUGCCGAGCGCGCGCCCACCGCCUCGCGGCGGAGUGCCGUUACGUGUGACGACACGGCGGUGCCGGUCUCGCUUGCGAUUGGUUACAAGCCCCGAAGGCUUUUCGCUGCUAUUGGCUGGCGGCGAGCUUGGGGCGGGACCGGCCGCGACAGCGGCGGGUAGGAAGAGAAGGCCGGCAGAGUAGGGCGCGGCCCGAGCGGCGGUUGUGGGUGGGGCCCGCGGUCGCUUGCGGCAGCCAAUGAGCGCGUCCGGGAGGCGAGUUUGAAUCGGCGGAGCGGGCGGUGGGCGCAGAGCGGAGCGGUCGCCAUGAGGAAGAGUGAGGUGCUGGCGGCCGAGGCCGUGUCGUGCCUGAACCGAGCCAUGGCGGCGCUGCGGGACAUCUGGGAGGAGAUCGGCAUCCCCGAGGAGCAGCGCCUGGAGCGCACCGACGUCGUCAAGAAGCACAUCAAGAGUCUCCUGGACAUGAUGGUUGCGGAGGAGGAGAGCCUGAAGGAGCGUCUCUUGAAGAGCAUUGCCUUGUGUCGGAAGGAGCUUGACACUCUCUGCAGGGAGCUCCAGCUGGACCCCUUUCAGGCAGAGGAAGAAAGUACCAUCCUGCAGAUGGAGAAGAAUUUGCGCACCCGCGUGGAAGUGAUGUUAAAGCAGAAAAGGGACAGGAAGCAGGAGCUGAAAACCCUGCAAGAACAAGAUCGGGACUUGUGCGACAUCCUCUGCACAACCCCGUUCUGCAUCGACAGCAACGCUGUGCCCAGCCUGGAGGACCUGGAUCGCUACAGGCGCCACUUGGCCUCCCUGACUGCCAAGAAGGAGCAAAGGCGAGAAGAGUUUGUCAGCAGCAAGCGGCAAAUCAUCCUCCUCAUGGAGGAGCUGGACCACACUCCGGACACGAGCUUUGAGCAGGACGUGGUGUGCGAGGACGAGGAAGCCUUCUGUUUGUCCGAGGACAACAUUGCUGCCCUCCACGACCUGCUGCAGCAGCUGGAAGCCCGGCGAUCCCUGAACGAAGCCGUGUGCGCAGAGCUGCGCUCCAGAAUCGUUGCGCUUUGGGAAAGGCUGCAGAUUCCUGGGGAGGAGAGAGAGUGUUCUGCGGUGCAUGUGGCUGGGUGCAGAGCCAAAACCAGGAAAGCUCUGCAGUUGGAAGUGGACCGUCUGGAGGAGCUGAAGCUGCAGAACAUGAAAUCUGUGAUUCAGGCAAUCCGGGCAGAGCUGGCUGACUACUGGGACAAGUGCUUCUACAGUCAGCAGCAGAGGGAAGGCUUCAGCCCCUAUUACGAUGAGGACUAUACAGAGACCCUGCUCGAGCUCCACGAUGCUGAGGUGGGGAAGAUGAAGAGCUACUAUGAAACACACAAAGAUCUGUUUGAGGCUGUCCAGAAAUGGGAGGAGAACUGGAAGCUGUUCCUGGAGCUGGAGAGGAAAGCGACCGACCCAAGUCGCUUCGCCAACCGUGGGGGGAACCUGCUGAAAGAAGAGAAGCAGCGAGCAAAGCUGCAGAAGACGCUUUCCAAGCUGCAGGAGGAGCUGGAGAGCAGGGUCCAGGCCUGGGAGCAGGAGCACGAAGGGGCUUUCCUGGUGAAGGGGCAGCAGUUCAUGGAGUACGUGACGGAGCAGUGGCAGCUGUACCGCCUGGAGAAAGAGAAGGAAAAACAGGAGCGGCACCUGAAGAAAAGCCGCCAGAUUGAGACGGAGAUGAUGUACGGAAGCACCCCGCGGACACCCAUCAAGCGGCGGGUGCUCGGCCCCCACACGCCUGGCAAAGUAAGGAAGCUCAAUGGCACUUCCAUCUCCAGCGCCACACCCAACAGCACCGUUCGUUCAGCUUUUGGGGGAACCAUCUACCACUCGCCGACGUCCCGGUUGCCGCCUUCCGGAGGGAAGUUUGGCCAGGCUCGGACCCCCAGCCGCACGGCUGCGAAGCCCUCCCGUCCUGGACACAGGGAGCGGAACAAGGAGAACAUGUCCCAGCUGAACGGAACCACCCUGAGCGGUGGGUGCACCCCCACAGCCCCUGCCCAGCGUAACCACAGCGUUAAUUCUGUUGCCAGCACCUAUUCUGAGUUUGCGCGCGAACUUUCAAAGGCUUCCAGGUCUGACAGUAGCUCCCGCGUCCUGAACUCCACCACCACUACCUUCUGCUGAAGUGCUGCCUGCCGGGCUCCAGCUGCUCGUAGUCGUAGUGAGUCGCUGCUCAGGCAGGGUUAUGCAGCUCCCCCCAUGCCCAAAGCCUCCCUUGCCAUAGGGUUAACUUUUACCUGGGUCCCAGCCUGGCUGUCUGCGGGGCGGGGGGGUCCUGCCUGCCAGGUAGGGUAUGAAAGGGACGCUUUUAAAAACUUGCUUUUAUUUGGGGAAUUUUUGCAAAUGUUUGUGAUUAAAGAUUUUAAGUCCGCGGUCAUGUUGGGGUAGCGCAGCGGUGGGUGCUGGCUUCUGCUACAGCCCGGCUGCCUGGGGUUGAGCGUUGGUGUUCAGUUGCAGGGGCUCUGCCUUGCUGAGCAUGCUCUGGGACAGACAGGACCAAUUUCAGAGAGCUGGCCUCGGUGCCUUUGUCACCGGCUUCUUUCCCCUCCAUAUUUCUGUAGCUGUUGCCCACCAGCAUCUUCCUUUCCCAACAUCACAGCAGGCUUGCUUUAGUGAGCACUUCCUUUAGCUGAGGUUCCCUGAGCAGGCUUUGCCCCAUCCCUGCCACGGGCUGGGCACAGCGCUGGGGGUCUUUGUCUCUCCCACACCACCCGUGAGGCAGCAGAGGGGCUGGGGUCCCCGGGGAGGGGGGAGCAGGGGGGAUGCAGCAGGAGGCAAGCCUGACUUUAUCCUCCUGGAGCCCCGCUGGCCGUAGGACCGGUACCCUACUGCUCCCUCUGCCCUGUCCCCGAGCCCCGGGGCGACAGAGCCUGCGGCAGGGAGGGCCCGAGCGCGCGUUACUAACAAGGAAGCGAGCUACAGUGGGAUGAGGACGAGGUGCUCUUCCCUGCCAUGGGGAAGGGGGCAGCUUCUCCUACCCCCCAGGACCUGCUCCACACCAUCCAGCACUGCCCGCUGCCUGGCAGAGGACAGCGAGCCCCGUGCUUCAGCGGUACAACACAGCCCUGGGCAUGGCUCGGGGGGCCCGUUUGCACCUUUGUUCACAAAGCUCUGUCUGUGUCUGUCCCUGGUUGUGACUAAUUUGCACCUUGUUAUCACUACAGUCCCCCACUUGCUGUUAUUUAUUCUCCAGGUUCUGUCCCCUUGCUCUGUAACUCUGUAUAUACUGUUCAUGGGAAUAAUACCUAUAU